UGGUGAUAGAUGAGAGAAACAGUUCAGAGAACGGAUAUAAAUUGUUGCGGUAACAGGCCGACCGACCACGUCUAAAUUCUCUCCUUCAACAUGUAUCACACAUCUGAUAAGCCCCACCAAGAUCGGCCGUGGAAGAACCGUUUUGUGUCAGGGCAAAGUGACGCAACAACGUCCAAAAUCAUAAAAUACCUAAUGCAGCAACAGAAAAAACGUCGUCGACCGUGAUGGACAUUUUAUCCAACCAAUUACAACAACCCAAUCAUAGCAGUAGUCACUAUACCAAAAGAAGAAGAAGCAAUCAUGCCGGUGUGCGCCCACUGUUCAAAACCAUUAGUCGUCGAAGUCGAAGCCGACAGCUCCGACGAAGAAACCAACGACAAUAGCACCACCCAACAACCGACAACAACCGUCCCCGAUGACGUCCGCCUCUCCUGCGACGACCACUUCCACUGGGAAUGCCUGCUAUCCGCCUAUGAGAUCCAGCGAUGUCCCGCCUGUUCUCACGACAUCACCUCCUCACCCGCGGGUCCCUCCGCGGAGACCAACACGCGCAUCCUCGUCGACUUGACCAAUGAAGGAGGCUUCCAAGAACAAAUCGAUAUUUUUCCGCUCCUCCAAGAAGAAUCCUACCUCCGUGCUUAUCCCGAAGAGAGGAAAUGUCGCGCCUUUCUCGAAUUCUGCCGCGAAGGCGAUUAUCGCGCGAUUAUCGACUUGUUGAAAUCCUGCUCGGAAAACGACGAUGAGAUUGGUGCAGACGAUACGAUGGACGUCGACGACGACGACGAGGAUGAAGAUGAAGAGAACAGCAAGUCCGCCCAAGAAAUCAUCCGCUACCAAGAUCCGCUGCACAACUCUCAAUCCGGGCUCCACGCGGCCGUCGCAAACGGCCACCGCGAGGUCGUCUGGCUCCUAUUACUCCUCGCAAGCGAUCUCCCCGAACUCGAAUUCCCCGCGCUAGUCUAUCAAGAAGCUGCAUCGUUGGGCGUCAUGCGAGAGCCAAAUUUCGAGGAUGCAGAUCGCGAGAAGUUUCCUGAUAUUCGGAGUUUGAGGGAUGGCUUGGGACGUACGGCGGAGGAUAUUGCGCGGGAGAUGAUGGAGCGGGCGGAGGCGUCGAUCAUUGGGGCGGGAGAGGGACUCAUUUGGAAUGGAUGGAUUGGGAAGGGGAGAUUGGCGAUGCCGGCAUCGGAUUGAUGGGUGAUUCCCGACAGGGGUUUGAUGAUUACCACAAUAUGAAUGUGACGCAUGACGCGCAUGGACGCUUUCUGACUGGGGACCCGGGAAGCUCGUCUGGCUGUCUAUAUCGUCUAUCUUUCUCUCCUUGAGCCUUCUCAACAGAGAACCAUGUACACCCGCGCUCCGGCUUCCUAUUGUUGUUGCUUGCGUUGACCUUGCACGCCCUUCCGACUGAGUAAUUGCGACAACAUGAAAUGACUAACAUCCUCAUCGCUGAAAUACGAGAUAUGACUUGCAAUAGCUGCGAUCAAAUUGAUAUCGAAUGCACCUUCCUGAAUCGCAUAAUCCACGCGACCAUUCGCAUUGAGUUUCCGCAC